AAGCUGCAAUCUUUACUUUUUUUCUUAAAAAAAUACUCAAACCGAUUGAUUAUCAAAAUAUAGCUAUUAAUUUAAUAGUUGACAACUAAUUGAUUAAUCGUUGGAGCUCUAAAAGUAAUAAUUCCCUGCUUCCCUAAAAGUCAAAUAUUGAAGUGCCACAAGAGCUGUAAACUACUCAGAAGGGCGUCACCAGUCCCCAUAUAUGGCCCCUCACGCAGCGAGAAGUUAUCAGUUGUGACAGGAAGGCCUUGCAUCAAACUUAACACACGGAACUCUCAAACCAGAACGGAACACAGAACUCUCACGUGAUUGAAAACACCAAACAGAGAAGCAGAAGUUCAAUUUCCUCUCCUCAGAGAAGCAAAAAUUAAGUAAGAAAUGCUCCGCUUGCAUGGACAAACCAGAAUAACCAGCUUUCAACCACCACACACACCUCCUGGAAGACUGAACACAGACAGCAACGAAGCUGCGAUGACUGGUCAUGUUGGAGGAGAGCAAGGAACAGGAGGGUAGGAGCGCAAAAGUUGUCAAGUUUCUCAACAAUGAAUGCUACACCGCAAUCAUGGACGAAGACUCGGGACGCAUAAAAGACAUGUCAAAAAAGUAUGGGAGCAACUUUCUCAUCGAGAUACAAGGCGGCACACCCAGAGAAGUCUUCUGGAAGGGACCUGCUACUCUCCCCCUUCAUCUGGCUGCCUCUUACAGGAGAGUAAAGAGCAUGCAGAGCCUGCUGUCAACAGGGGCAAACCCUGAAAUGAGGGACCAGCUCGGUCGAACCACUCUGCACUUGGUGAUAGCCGGCUGGCCGAGCAUCCUGACCACUUGGCCGAAACCGGGCUCCAAGUUCCAGACCGCUGUGUUCGGCGUACGCAGGCAGGCAGAGGCCUGUCUGCGGCUCCUCUGUGAGCACGGCAUUAAUGUCAAUGCGGAGGUGGAGGGGAGUCACCAGACAGCUCUCCACUUAUCAGUACGCUACGUGGCUCUGUCUGCUGUCCAAAUUCUGACCAGCUACGGUGCUGAUGUUAAUGCUGUGAACAGCAGUGGGAUGACGCCCCUGCAUAUGGCUGCUGGGAUCCUCCAUAAGGACAUUAUGGCCAGCUUGAUCAAAGCGGGAGCUGAUAUGAACAUGGGGGUGGAGCACACUGGGAACACUCCCCUGCACCUAGCUGCCGUGGCGAUGGCUAUGAAGACCACUAAAACCCUGGAGGACGACAUCAGCUGCAUCUCCGAGCUGCUUGAGCAAGGGGCCGAGGCCAAUGCCGUGAGCAAAGCCGGGAUGACACCUUUACAGGAGGCGUGCAGCAUUGGCAACGAGGAGCUGGUGGACCUGCUGCUCAGGUACGGUGCCGACAUCAACAAGCUGAGCAAAGCAGGGGAGAGCUGUCUGUUCCUGUUUCUGAACCACAGGCCUAAUGUGAGGAACAACUCUCUGCUAGUGAAGCUCCUCAGCCUGACCUCCCCGCUCGCCGUCUACAACCAGAGCGGCCUCCUGCCCUCCACUUUGACGCUACCGUGCUUCUUCAAACAGAGAGACCAGCUGCUAAAACUCUCUCAGCAGCCGAGGAGGCUUCAGGAUAUUUGCAAGAGUGACAUUUAUCUAAAACAUGUCACAGGCAAGAGAAAAAAAGAGUUGAGAAAAAUCCUUCCUGAGAAGCUAUACGAUUUUGUGUUCAACUACUGGGAAACAAACAUUUCCUUUGCGACAGUUGGUGACCGGGACUCUUUUAACGACUUCUUAGACAUAACUCUUAUUUGACACCUGUGUGUCUAUGCAAACUACGUGUGACUGCAAAAGUUUGCAUUAAGCUAACCUGACCUCGAAUAAAAUGUAUCGAAGCACCUUA